AAAGCGCACACAAUUAUUUGUCCAUAACGUAAAAAUAAACUUUGAGAAAUAAACAUUAUAUGAAAUAAAAAGUGGGGAAAUAAAUAAAGGCGAACGUGAGCUAAAUUAAAAUGUUUGAAAGUAUGACGUACACGGCUCGACGGAAUAUUGUUAUUUUCGGAGGCUUCCUUAUACACCUUUGUCUAGGAAGUUUUUAUGCAUUCGGCAAUAUCAGCCCUUACAUCAUGUCUUACCUGCGAAACCGGACACAAGAGACUUGGCUAGUAAACACCCAGAACUCGUGGAUCAUGAACGCAGCCGCCAUUUCCGCGCCAAUAGGAUCCAUCACUGGAAGCUACAUAGAACGGAACCACGGCGUGAGAAUCGCUGUUGGAAUUGGGUGUGUGCUGUUUUGCUCUGGUGUACUGCUGACGUAUUUCGCAAUCCAGCGGUCGCUGUACAUAGUGGCUCUCACAUACGGGUUCAUUACCAACUUGGGAACCUUUAUGGCGUAUGGACCUCCGGUACAGAACGCUGCUAAGUGGAUGCCCGCCCGUCCAGCACUCGCCGUUGGAUUGAUUGUGGGCGGGUUUGGGCUCGGGGCGUUUGUGUUUAAUCUCAUUAUAACAUACUACAUUAACCCCGACAACAUACAGAUCAACGACAACGACUACUUCACUGACCAGGCUUUGCUGGACCGGGUACCACGCGUGUUCUUCCUGCUUGCCGGCAUCUACAUCGCACUGCAAGUCAUUGGAGUGUUUCUUACGUCACCAGUUCCGCCGGAAAACGACCAUAUACGAGUGUCACGGAUGCGGGAAGAUCAACCGUCAGGUGCAGUCGACGAUGGGGCGGCCUCGUCAGACAGAGCCGGUUUUGACGAGUCUGUUAAUAUCUUUGGCGAUGAACAUCAUAACAAUGACCAGGCGCAGACAGUCUGGGGAACCGUGAAAGAGAUCUUUGUGAACAAGGACGCGUGGAAGAUCCAUCUCAUCAUACUAUUUGUUUAUGCGGGAAUGCAAGUCGUACAUAGCUACUACAAGGUAUGUUUUCAGUAUCAGAUAGCGCCAGAUGAUUUUGGAUUAUGGGAAGUAUCAAAUGUGUGA